GACACUGGCGGCGGCAGGCUGUUAUAUUUAAAUGCAACUAUGGCGACACAAUCGCAAGCGGACCCAGAGCUAAUGGACCUGGAGGAAGAAGAGCUGUGGGAAAUGAUUGAAAGGCACAGAUGUAAGAUUGUACAGCGACUGUCACCAGAACGCCUGACUCCUUAUCUACGUCAAGCUAGAGUGAUAGAUGCCAUGGACGAAGAGGAUAUUCUCCACUGUGCAAAGUUUUCUACUAGGGCCAUGCGACUGGGGCAACUGCUGGAUGUACUUCAUACACGAGGAAAGAAUGGAGCCAUUGCUUUCUUGGAGAGCUUAAUGCUGGUGAAUCCCAAACUUUACACCAUCAUCACAGGAAAAGAAGUGAAUAAGGAUCCCAACAGCUUUACCAAACUUAUUGACAUCAGCCAGCUGAGUGUUUUUCUCAUGACCACACUAAAUAGUCUGCAGGAGGAGUUGCUGCAAGAGAAGCAGCUUAAAGGGACAUUGCUCCACCAUUUGCACAAAAUGCGUGAAAAGCAACAACAGUUGAAAGAGGAAGGAGAAUGUAUACGAAGUAUGGAGCAUGAAAACCAGCGACUCCGCAGAGAGAUGGAUGCCCAGAGUCAAAUGCUGAGCAAACUGAAAGAUGAGCAGUAUGAACUGUCCAUGCGCUACUCACAUGCAUUACAGGAGAAGGACAUUGUACAGAGCAGGAAUACUGAACUGCAGGAACAGUUUUAUUCCGUGAAAGAGGAGCUGCACAGAGUGAAAAUGGAGUUGCAGGUAGCUCAGAGUUGGACUAACCGAGUUCAGUGUGAAGAAGAAUUGCAAGUUCUGCAGAAAGAAAACAGGAUUCUAAAGGAGAGGCUGGACGGACAGAAUAAACUGGUGGAACAGCAUGGACAAAACCAGUGCUCAGAUGAGACAUUACCAGAUUCAGAAGUGUUAAUGGCUGAGCUAAGGACUGCCAGAAAGAAAAUCGCUGCUAGUGAGACGUCAGAAAAGAUGUGGAAAGAAGAAAAAGAGACAAUGCUUCGAGAUUGCCGAAAUUUACAGAAUAAUUUUGAUAUCUCGAAGAAGAAAACUGAAGCAUUCCAUGAGCAAGUUUCUGAACUACAGAAGGAGCGCGACCAGGCAUACAGAGCAAGAGACAUGGUUCAAGCUGAGAUUUCACAAUUUCUGAAUGAAAAGGAUUCACUAAGAAAACAAGUUAUGAAUCUUACCGAUUGUAAUUCAGAGCUCAAACAGCAGAUUCGAAGCUUGGAAGCACAGCUACAGAACUUCAUGACAGGAAAACACUUCCAAGAACCCACAGAGCAGAUUAACAUUUGUCAGCAGUCCAAACACCAAAGACUUGUGCGUAUGGAUGCAAUUUGUCCUUCUGAAGAUGGUGACAAGGGGUCCUCUUGCAGCAUAUCUGAGUCCUGGCAGGACCUAGGUUCCAAGACUAGCGAUGACUUUGGUGGACUUAUUUCUUGCAGUUCUCUUCAUGAUGAUUGCCUCUCUGGUCUUUCUAAGAGUUGCUCCAGUGAACUUCCUGAUCUUCUUGAGUCAGAAAGAGCAGAGAGAGACUUCGAAGCAGAGUACAAGAAAAGUUUGGAACUGCUUUCACACUCAGGUUUUGAUCUUGAUUGUUUUGAAAGCCCUGUACGGAGGCGAUACGCUCAGAGAAUGACCAGUCGAGUGACAACAAUCGCUUUUCAGGGAGAUGACCUGCUAAAACAAAUAAGUAUAGUUGGAGGAAACAGAACAGGAAUCUUUAUCCAUCAAGUUACCCCGAAAUCCGCUGCUGAUGAAAUGUCACUAAUGCCAGGAUACCAGAUCAUGGCGGUAGACUUUGAUGUUAUGAAUCCUGCCUAUAAAGUAGACCUAGCAAGAAUGACCUUUGAAGAUGCCCACUGUACCCUCAAUAGGGUGAAUGGUUUCUGUGGCCUUUCUGUCCGAUGCAACAUGGAUGAUUAUCGAAAGCUGUUGAGUAACUUAGAUGGUGGCCUAUUAACCUCUGGGGACUCAUUUUAUGUCCGUGUAAACCUUUCAAUGCCUGCUCGUGUGGAGGGUGGCCUGCAAGUAAAAUGUGGGGAUAUAUUACAUAUCACUCAUACCAUGUACAAGAAUCGUUGUCAGUGGUUUGCUCAAAGAGUUAAUGCUUACACUAUGAAGGAUGGAGAAUCAGGGAUCAUUCCCAACUAUCGCCAGGCUCAGCAGCAAUUGAUAACAUCUAUCCAGCGCAUGACUUGGCAAAAUGGGAUACCACGUAUGCCUAAAAAGCAUGUUCGGGUCAUCAGCACUGAUCGCUGUAGUUCUCACUUACUCUGGACAUCACUAAAUUGUGGCACAUGUAGAUGUGAAGAACCAGCUGCGAGUUCUUCACUGGGAAGAAGCUGCUUAACACUAAUGCCAUACACUGUGGUAACCCACUACAAGACUGGUGUUCCUCGUCCAGUCCUUCUGGUCCCCUCACUCCUUGGAAGAAUUCUUAGCGACAAACUUUGUGCCAAUAAAGACUUCAUGAAGUGUGACACCGAGUGCUUGACAGAUGCCGAAUAUGCCACAAGAUACCAGCGCGGAGACAUUAUUGGUGAAAAGGAGGGAGAAGUCAUCCGCUGCUGUUUCACUAGGCAGAAUGUUGAAGCAGUGGCCCAGCAGAAUGCACACUGCCUUUUAGAACUUGGACUCUCCUGUCUCUCUGCUAUGAUUCGCGUGGGAAUAUAUCCUAUUAUCCUACAUGUCCCACUGAAUGAAAAGAGUACUAAAAAAUUAAAAAAAACGCGGCAGUGGUGGGGCAAAUGUGAAGAUCUGCUGCUGGAGUGCGCCCAGAGGGAGGAGGCUGAGCUUGACUCCCUGCCCUGUCUGUACAGCACUGUGUAUCCUGAUAGCUGGAAUGACACAGACUCUCUUCUUUGUGCUGUAAAAGACGCAAUUUUGGAUGAACAAAAGCGAGUUAUUUGGUUGGAAAAUCAGCCUUGCUAACCUUAAAAUACAGCUAUAAAGUGUGAAAUGAAGUAUUUAUUAGUUAACUGUAUUUUAUUUCAUUGCUGAUAUAGUUUUAGGGUACAUUCACAUGUACAGAAUCUGCUGCAUAUUUUGCGGCAUAUAUUCUGCAGCUGAUUUUGCUACCUAUUGAAGUCAAUGUGUAGCAAAAUCAUCAGCAGAAAAAAAUCUGCAGAUCCUGUGCAUGUAAACACACCCUAAGGGCUUGUUCACACAGGCGAAUCCACAGCGUAUUUUACGACGAUGGACCCCUACAGUGUGACGCAGAUGUGCCUGCGCGGGGUGGCAAUCCGCCGCUACAAGCAGACACACUGCGAUGAGUGAGUUGCUGCGCACAUGCGCAGUAUACUCCAACACAUAGCGGCUGCUCUCGACCUAGCUCAGGGAGCAGGGAGAGCGGCCACGACAUGUGCGAGUACACCGCGCAUGCGCGGCGACUCACACAUUGCAGCAGUGUGUCUGCUCGAAGCGGCGGAUUGUCGCUCCGAGCAGGCACAUCUGGAGGUACGCUUUAGGGGUCCAUCGUCGGGGGAUCAGCAGGGUAAAAUACGCUGUGGAUCCGCCCGUGGGAACGAGCCCUUAAAGGCUAUUAGACUUUUGAAUGUAUUAUUUAAUUAUGGCAAUGUACAUAUUUUGAAGUAAAAUAUUUUUUUAAUAGUAUUAAAAACACUACUGGAUUAUGGACAAAGGAAACGUAAACUUUUAUUUGUUGAUCAGGCAGCUUAAAGGGGUACUCCCGUGGAAAACUUUUUUUU